CUGGAUCUGGCACUGGCAGCAGCGCUGGGAGUUACACUGGGUCUGGCACUGGGAGUUACACUGGGUCUGGCACUGGCAGUAGCGCUGGGAGUUACACUGGGUCUGGCACUGGGAGUUACACUGGGUCUGGCACUGGCCUCGGUGCUGCUGAUGCCCCAAUAGCGAGAAGCUGCAUCCAGUCGCUGAAAGGGAUUGGCGGUGGCGGCUGCUCCCGGCUCCGGUUCAGGGAGGAUGCUGUCGGUUUGUCGGAGAAUGAGAGCCCGAACGUGGAGGCUGCUGCUUUCCUGCCCGUUCUCCAGGGGCUUGCAGAAGCGUCUCCCUGGUUUUAAAGUGAAGUACCUAUUCUUGCUGUGGUUAGGAAUCCUCCUGGGCGGUUGGGUACUUUACUUGCACUACUCGUCCUACUCAGAAUUAUGCCGUGGUCACAUCUGUCAGAUGAUAAUUAGUUUAAUUUUAUCUCCCCAGUGUGAUCGCUAUAAGAAAGGCAUCAUUUCUGGCUCUGCCUGCAAGGACUUGUGUGAGGAAAAAACGCUGCUGUUCCAACAGUGUUUGUCGUCGAGUCCAGUGCAUCAGGUUUAUGGGGGAGUCUGGAGAAAUAAAGAGGUCAUUAUCAAAUGUGGAAUAGAAGAAGCCUUCAGAGUAGAUCUCAAUUCUGAGACAUUACCUCGGAAGGAUCUUGUACUGUUUGACAAACCAACUAGAGGGACCUCAAUGGACGAAUUCAAGGAGAUGGUGCUGACAUUCUUGAAGUCUAGUCUUGGAGAUCAGCAAUCACUUGGAAAUCUUGUCAACAGAAUAAUCAGCAUGGCAGAUAUCAACCAGGACAACAAGGUGUCCUUAGCUGAAGCAAAGUCUAUCUGGGCAUUGCUUCAGCUCAAUGAGUUUUUGUUGAUUAUUUCACUGCAUGAAAAGGAGCAUACAGCGCAGUUGCUGGGCUACUGUGGAGAUCUGUAUAUCACUGAGAAGAUCCCAUACCACUCACUUUACAGCCUCAAGCUGCCACGUUUCCUUGAAGUAGUUUUGCCCUCGAUAGUACGGACGAGCCUAAACCAAUGGUUUGCUCCAGCAUGGCCACAGAGAGCAGAAAUUACCAUUGGCCUCUUGGAAUUUGUGGAGGAAAUUUUUCAUGGCACUUAUGGGAGCUUUUACAUCUGUGACACGGACCCAGGUAACAUUGGCUACAAUGACAAGUAUGAUUUUAAGAUGGUGAACUUAAGGAUGAUGGUGACAGAAAUGACUCUUAAAGGAUUCUAUAAAGGACGCUACUGUGAGCAUAACACAGACUGCACACAUGGGAAAGACUGCACAGCAACUUGUGACAAACUAGUGAAGCAAUGCAAUACUGAACUGAUACAACCAAAUCUGGCCAAGAUUUGUGGCUUAUUACAGGAGUAUUUGUUGUAUGGGGCACCCAUCAAUUUCAGAGAUGAAUUACAAAAACAACUCCAGAUCUGCAUGAGACUGAAUGGGUUGGCGAGGCAGAUGGAGGUUCAUCAUUCUUUGCUGUUAAACAACAUCAAAACUCUUCUUUGGAAAAAGAUUUCAAACUCUAAAUAUUCAUAAAGGAAUAUUGUGUUAUAUCUGGAGAUUCUGUCUAAUGUAAUUUAUGUAUUGUAUCUACUGUAUCAACAGCCGGAAGUGAAGUUCUGGGCAAGCAAUUGUGGGACUAGUGAAUCAACUUAUAAUAACCUGUUAAUGCCAUGUCAAACCAUAAGCCUGGUUUGCAAACAUGAUUAAAGGUGAAAUACAGGAAUCAUGUAACAAGAAACAUUCUGUUCAUUUAAUUGUCAUGUUUCACUGGACUUAGACAAAAACCCUCUUGUGUCUCAAUGGUUCCACUGAACCAUUCAGUGGAAUCUCAUCCAUAAGAGACACAGCAGGUUCUUCAUCCUCUCCCUCAACAAUUCCCUUGGUAUUUGGCAACUCUCGCCAAUUCCCUCCAACAACUCCUCCUCUAGCAAUCCCCUCAGUCUCCAGCAACUCCCUCUUUCUCUACCUCCAGCAACUCUCACCAUCUCGGUCAACGCUUUCCCCUCCAGCAACCUCUUCAGCUUACAGCAUCUCCCUCUCCCUCUCUCUCCAUCAAUUUCCUCUUCUCCAGCAAUGUCCUCUCCCUCCUACAGCUCCCUCACCUUUCAGCAACUCUCUCACCACUCAGUGAAUUGUGUUGCAGAGAGCAGGCUUGGACACAAAUACCAAACUCUAUGUUUCUGUCUUCGUCGUGCUCUAGUGCUUCCUUCACCCUCAUGUAAUCACAAAAUUCAAAUUAUAAUUUCCUACACAUUGAUGCCUAAUUUUCCAAUCUCUUGCAUAAAUACAAUGCCACGCAUACACCUUUGAUCUAUAUCACACCAACUCCCUCUUGAACUCUCUUUUUCUCUCUCAUGCCAAACCUGGCCUCUCUUUCUCACCAACUGCAACGAUCUCCUGAACUGCCACAUUCUCUCACAUUUCUUAAUUUCCUGUUUUAGCUGCCCCCAAUUUUAAUAUUUACCCUAUUCAAUCUUUUCCAAACUUGCUUAAUUGAAGUUAUAUUGUAUUCUCUGUUCUGUUAAACACUGGUCCCAUGUGUGAGUUUGUCAAUUUGUUCACUAUUUGUCAAUUUAUCUGCAUUCUUUAAAAAUCUGAAUUAGGAAAAAAAAGUGGGCAAGCAAAAUAUAGACACUGUGGAAACAGUUCCUGUUAUGUUCAAAACUUGCAUCUAUGUCUCACACUUUAAUAUAGAAAACUCUCAUGUAAUUUCAGAUACAUAAUGAAUAAUAACCAAUUCUAAAAUGAACCAAAGGAAGCAACAAAGUGAUUGAUAUAUCUAACAGAAUGUACAGGCUGGGAUUCUCCACUUAACAUCUUUCUCCUCAAGUCGUUUGCACUUUGUUGCAAUCUGCUGCCCAAGACUUAGUCACGUACAGUUUGCAGAUUCAAUAUUCAAACAAACACAUCUCAUUCAGUAACAAACUAAACAAAUGUAACUUUCUAUCCAAACUGUAAACACUUAUUCAUUUCAUAUAUUCUAACAGAGAGGUGUGUCAUAAACUGCAUAUUUUAAUUUUAGCUGAAAUUAAUGGCAGGGAUUUUUGGAAAGAGAAAUAUCUUGAAAGGGCAUCAUUGAUCAGGUCAGCUCUAGCUGCUGCUUAAACUGGAGCUUGGGAAGUGAGGCCUCAUGCUUUGUUGCUGAGAGUAAUGGCUAAGGAACUCACUUCCACAGGAGUAGUUAAGGCAAAUCAUACAACUGUACCACAAAACAGAAGGAAAUUCUGACCAUUCGGUCUGGCUGUACCAAAGAACAAUUUAGUUAGUUCUAUUCCAUCAUUUCUCUAUGCUUUUGAAGGUUUUUUUUUCUCCUUUUAUUAUUUUCCUGUGGAAGGCUACUAAUAAAUCUGUAUCCAGCACAAUAUUUUAGGCAUUGCAUUCCAAACACUAACCAGUUACGUACUUAGAGAAACAUGAGUGAGAAGAAUAUAUGGGGCAAAGUAGUUUUGGCUUGAAGACAAAUCAGUUGAGACUUGUAUGUGUUAUAGACAAGACCACACCCCCUCAAAAUAUUUUAAGAAGAUAGCCUAGACCCAA